CCGGCGGCAGCAUGAGCCAGGCCGAGCUGUCCACCUGCUCGGCGCCGCCGACGCAGCGCGUCUUCCAGGAGGCCGUGCGCAGAGGCAACACGGCGGAGCUGCAGUCGCUGCUGCAGAACAUGACCAGCUGCGAGUUCAACGUGAACUCCUUCGGGCCCGAGGGCCAGACCGCGCUGCACCAGUCGGUCAUCGACGGCAACCUGGAGCUGGUGAAGCUGCUGGUCAAGUUCGGCGCCGACAUCCGCCUGGCCAACCGCGACGGCUGGAGCGCGCUGCACAUCGCCGCGUUCGGCGGCCACCAGGACAUCGUGCUCUAUCUCAUCACCAAGGCCAAGUACGCGGCCGGCGGCCGGUGACGCCCGCCCUUCCCGCCAACUACCUCGG